GAACCAGAAAAAGGUAAAUAAUCGAAAGUUUGACUAAAAGGAAGUUGGAUAUUUUAUUGAAAGUUUAGUGCUUUGUCUAUUCAAAAAGAAAAGUUAGAAGUAUGAGAAUAGACUGUGUUUGGAAUCGUUACUACAGCAUAUGGUAGUAUUAACUAAAGCUAGGUGGUACCAUACGAAGCAGGAUGACAAAAGAUUCAAAAUAGUUUAAUAUUCUUAAUAGCGUUAUGUUACUUGGUUCUUGUUAUAGAAACGUCAACAAUGUCUGUCAGUAGUGAUGACACUCUACAGCAAGAAGCACCACUAUUUACAUCAAGUGAAUUAGAAGAUAGGGUAAGCGAUGUAUCAGAUGAAAAACAUGGAGAACAGUAUAAUAUCAUCACAACUAUCCACGAGAAUGUGGAUGAAACAAAACAUCAGAAUGAGCCAUUGUUCAGUCAAAACGAAGAGAUGACGACAGUGAGUACUAGCAACGACAAUAUUUUACAAGAGACAGCCCCAAUACUCGAUACAACAGAAACAAACGAAAUAUUAUCAAAUGGAAUAGAUACGGAACUCGACGAAGUACAAAACGCAACAUCAGUCGAGAACAGUCUGACCGCACAAUCAGAACAAUCCCUUCUGCAAACAACUGGAAUCCAUCAUACGUCAGACCAUAUUGAUACGAGUGAAACAGACAGAAAAGUUGAACAAGAUGAAAAGCAGGAAGCUCAAAUAGAUACACACCAUCACCUAGAAAGUGAAAAUAUACCAUCAACUUUAACAGCAGCAAACACAGAAAAAGACGAAAAAGAGACAAUGGGACCAGAUGAUAUACUUGGAAAUAAAUCGAUACUAAAACAGACACUGGUUGAAGGUCUCAAAGAUACUCGUCCACCACGUAAUUGUUUAGCAACCAUCACCUAUAGUUUAUUUCUGGUUGAUGGUGGUCUAUUAGUUGACGAAAGUCGAGAACUUAAGUAUUUUGUGGGUGAAUGUGAAGUGAUACCAGCUAUUGAUAUUUCUAUACAGUUGAUGAAUAAGCAAGAAAAGGCACAAAUACAAGCUGAUUCAAGACAUUGUUACGGUACAUUAGCUUAUGCUGAAAAACACAUUCCACCAUCAUCAAAUUUGAGAAUUGAAUUAGAACUUCUCGACUGGCAGUAUGCACCAGAAAUACACAGUAUAACAUUAAAAGAACGAUUAGAAUGGGGUGAACGUAAGCGUACACUUGGAAAUUUUUAUUAUCGUCGAAAAGAAUAUGGUUCAGCGCUGACAUGUUAUAUAGGCGCGUUGAAGUUUUUAGAGGAUGAAGAACAUCCUUAUUGCGAUUAUGAGGAUAAAGACCAACUAAAAUUAUUGAAAGAUUGUUUAAUUUUGGUUCAAAAUAAUAUUGGACAAGCGAAUUUAUUAUUAAAAAAAUAUUCACCGUGCAUCGAAGCACUCGAUCGUGUAUUAAAAUUAGAUGAAAAUAAUGUAAAAGCUUGGUAUCGUAAAGGUCGUGCACUUUUUGAACAAGGUUCAUACGAUCAAGCUGUUCCCGCAUUGCGCAAAGCUCUGCAACUCGGCCCAGAUGAUAAAAAAAUAGUUCAAGAUAUGUUAAAGGAAUGUGAAACAAAAUUAACAAAAUAUAAAGAAAAUGAAAAACAAUUUUAUCAACGAAUGUUUCAAUCACAACAACAAUCAUCUUCAAAAUCAAAACAAAAGAUUAAUAAACUGAAGCGAAACGAAACAGAUAAACGUCAGACAGAAAAAUCCAAUUGGUGGAUGUAUGCUGCAUUUGGUGCUGUAACAACGGUAUUAGCUGCUGCUGGUAUUGCUGUUUUAAUGAAAUAUCGAAAAGUAUUGUAA